GGGGCGCGUGAUGUCAUCGGACGGCGCCGCGGCCGGGGCGGCGGGGUGUCGGCGCGAGCGUGGCAGAAUGAGAGGAGUGGAUGAACUGCAAUUAAUUUCUACAAAGUAAUAUUAAUCAAAAUGUUUUUGAUACAGGAAGUCUGAGUAUCCUUGCUCUUUGUGGAGGCAUCAUAAGUAAGAACUGGCCAAGGUUUUGUAAAACUGCCCGGUAGACUGGAACAUGGAGACGCAGCUAGACCCCAUGAAGGAUGACCUGCCCUUAAUGGCCAACACUAGCCACAUGCUUGUAAAGCACUAUGUAUUGGACUUGGACGUAGAUUUUAAAAGUCAAGUUAUUGAAGGCUUCAUAGUUCUGUUCUUGGAGACUGGGAGCAGGUGCAGGAGAGCCAGCAGUACCGGUGAAGAAGGCUGCCAGUCACAGUUUGAUGAAACCUGCAAAAUUAGGGCAUCGGAACAAGGCCACGUCCCUGUGUCAAAUGCAAGUGUCUGUUCAUCUAAAACGGAAUAUAAUGAUUUUGCUGUCUGUGGUAAAGGUGAAGAAGAUACUUCUGAUAAAAAUGGUAACCAUAGCAACGAGGAACAGGCUUCUGGGAUUUCUAGUUCAAAGAACUGCUGUGACAUAGAGAAUCAUGGGAACGAGGAUUUUCUGCUGGUGUUGGACUGCUGUGAUUUGUCUGUGCUAAAGGUUGAGGAGGUAGAUGUUGCUGCUGUGUCAGGCAUUGAAAAAUUCACAAGGUCUGCCAAACUAACUGAUGUUUCAAAGGAGCUGGCAAAUCUUAGGAAUCAGAUUGUACAUGAACUUGUGACUUUACCUUCGGAUCGCUGUAAGGAACAGCUAUACUAUUACACUUGCUGCAGCCAGGCACCUGGCUGUGGAGAGCUUCUGUUUACUACUGGCACUUGGAGCUUGGAGAUAAGGAAAUCAGGAAUUCAGACUCCAACAGACUUUCCUCACGCAAUUAGAAUACGGUACAAAACUAAACCGGAGGGAAGAUCUGUUACGUGGACUACAGACCAGAGCGGCAGGCCAUGCGUUUAUACGAUGGGAUCGCCAAUAAACAACAGAGCCCUUUUCCCUUGCCAAGAACCACCCAUUGCCUUGUCAACAUGGCAAGCAUCAGUCCGAACAGCUGCAAGCUUUGUUGUUUUAAUGAGUGGUGAAAACUCAGCAGAACCAGUCCAGCUUCAAGAAGGUAUCAUGAGCUGGUACUACUAUGUGACUAUGCCAAUGCCAGCAUCCACCUUCACAAUCGCUGUGGGAUGCUGGCAAGAAGUUAAACAGUCCUUCACACCUGCUGUCCAGACAAACAAUGAGUUUUCUUUGCCAUGUUCACAAGCUGAUUUCAGAUGGCAUGAAGAAAGCUGUGGACAUGUGGAAUAUCCCUGCCGUUUCCAAAGUCCUGCUGCCAGGUUGCAGAGAGUCAUUCCUUACAGAGUCUUUGCUCCAUGGUGCCUUAUGAAAUGCUGUGAAGAACAUCUACUUCAGCUUAUUCCUCAGUGCCUCUCAGCUGCUUACACCACACUGGGCACCCAUCCCUUUUCCAGGCUUGAUGUUUUGAUAGUUCCUUCCAACUUUUCCAGCCUGGGAAUGGCUAGCCCACACAUCAUCUUCCUGUCACAGAGUGUAUUACCUGGGGGGAGCCAUCUCUGUGGAACACGUCUGUGCCAUGAAAUUGCUCAUGCUUGGUUUGGACUGGCCAUUGGGGCUCGUGAUUGGACUGAAGAGUGGAUAAGUGAAGGAUUUGCCACUUUUUUAGAAGAUGUAUUUUGGGCUAGGGCACAACAGCAGAUGUCACAUGAUGAAGAAAAAGCACAGCAGGAAUUGAAAGCUUUACUUCGCUGGCGACGACUCAGAGAUGAGGUGCAGAAUUCUGAAGAAGAGCUGCAAGUUUUAAGGCCUAACAAGGAGAGCACAGGAGAAGUGAGUGAGUCUGGAGCAUCCAUUGUCAAGCAUGGUCUUAAAGCAGAAAAAAUCUUUAUGCAGAUUCACUAUUUGAAGGGUUACUUCCUUUUGCGGUCUCUGGCAAGGAGAAUAGGAGGGGCUUCAUACCUUGCAUCUUUACGAAAAUUUGUCUAUAAGUUCCAUGGACAGCUUGUCCUUUCUCAGGAUUUUCUUUCCAUGCUGUUGGAAGACGUACCUGAACAAAAAGAGUCUGGGUUAACCGUUGAAAGUAUCUUCACAAACUGGCUUGACACUUCCGGAAUACCAAAGCCUUUGCUGGAGGAGGGCGAGACGUGGAAGGAGAGCCGGCUCGUCCAGCAAGUGAGCGGCGAGGUCACAAAAUGGAUUCGGACAAACCAGAGGAUCAGAAAAAGCAGCAAAAAGAAAAGAAGGCAGGAUGAAGUCAUUUUCCAAAAGCUUCUCCCUGACCAGCUGGUCUUGCUUCUGGAGUAUCUCUUGGAGGAGAAGACAUUAUGUCCCAGAACACUACAGUGCUUAGAAGAAACGUACCAGCUCCGUGAGCAAGAUGCUGAGGUUCGUCAUCGGUGGUGUGAACUUGUUGUUAAACACAAAUACGUGCCUGGAUAUGGAGAUGUUGAGAAAUUUCUCAGAGAAGAUCAGGCAAUGGGUGUGUAUCUCUAUGGUGAAUUAAUGGUGAAUGAAGAUGCAAAACAACAAGAACUUGCAUACAAAUGCUUUGCUGCAGCACGAGAACAAAUGGACGUGUCCUCCGCCAAAGUGGUGGCCGAGAUGUUGUUCUGAAGAGCCCAGCUGCUGGAGCAGUGAGUUAGAUAUGCAUAGGCACUGGCUGGAGAGCACGGAGGGGCGUUGUUGUAAACUUUGUAAUGGAUUGUACAAGAGGCAACUGUAAGUCAGAAUGGCCAGGGAAGGCCAGGCUCCACCUGCAGUUGUUUUCCAUUCUGUAUUCUGAACUCUGUCUACAGCCUACACAAAAUUGCAACUCUGUGAGAAGCAUUUCUGCUUAACACAGCUGUGUGCUGACUUGAUAAGUAGGACAAACUUUGAAAAGAAUCUGAUCCCACAACAUAAUUGUGAAGUUGUACACUUGCAACCAAAUCUGAAUCAUGUGAGAACAACUUGUUAAUUCAAGCACAUUAAGCGUAGUCAGGUCUUUGAAGAAUGGUUAUAAGGUAAGAACAGCCUUAACAUAAAGAACAUGGUUAAUGUCAUACAUAAUCUAGCUUGUUUCUGAAAUUAAUGGGGAGGAAUCAACAGAAAAAGCAAAAUUGAAAGAAAUGUUCACAAAAUAAAGAUUGCUGCAGGCUACAAAUGGGUCACUUGCAAAGCUAUUUUGAAUUUCUCAGUCUAUUUGAAUUGCCUGAGGUAACCUCACAGUGUUUGUACAUGCAUGUUUAAUACAUAGCCAACUAGGGUUGGUAUGAACGUCUCUUUCAAUACAGCAUUCUUCAGAUUUUUGCUUCGUGAAUUAACUCAUCUGACAGACUGACGAUUGCCUUGGCUGUUCACCUAACUCUACAAUUGAUUUGUGGUAUCAACAUUAAGGCAUCUAAUUGAGCAAAAUCAUCAUUUUCUAAUUGGUAUCUAGCAGGAAUCUUGACUUUCUCCCAUUCAAGCCUGUACACGUAGCAGUACUUGGUAGUAAGUUCAAAUUGAAUUCAUGGCAUUUACUUUAUUUAUAUGAAAUACAGCAGAUACCAUGAAAUCAAGAUUGUUCUGUAUUGACAAGCACUGUCUGCCAGGAACACUUUAUGGGAAAUAUGGGUGAGACUAAAGAGUGCCAGGAUAGCAGUAAUGGGGAAAGAGAGUUGCUUUCUAAAACAGGUAGGGCUAAGAGACUUGCUUACGUGUUGCCAGUUGUCAGGAACCCACAGAAAACUUGAGUUACGUUCAAUAUCUUACAAUCUAGUAGAUGCCAGAAAGAUGGUGAUGCAGCUCAUUCUGGUACUACUGUGCUUGGCACUGUCUUCAUAUAAUCCUUAAAUAAUGAAAUAAAAAAUUUCUACAACUUCUGGUGGUAAGUAUCUACCUAGCACAGGAAUAUUAUGUAGUAUGUAUGUGCAGUAGUCUAGAAUUGCCUGUUUGACCUUUUAGACUAGAAAUGCAUGGCAAGCUACAAAAAAAUAAAUCUAAAGAUGCCAUUAGGAGUGUGACUGUGUGUCUGCACAGCUUUCUUGUAGUGUUGUGGCUGUUUGGGUUCCUGGCAUGAUGAUUUGUGAGUUAAGAUUAAAAUCACAUUGCCAGGGAUUACCACAUAGCCAUGACCGCAGCUGCUACUCUGAAAAUCUCCAUAACUAUCUGAUACGUGUACACUGUGGCAUCCUCUCCAUCCAUUAAACAAAAAAAGUCCAAAGAGGAAAGGAGCAGACGCGUCACGGAAGAACCUCAUCUGAUAAAUAGUUGUACUCAGACGGAGACCUCUCUGGCGAGGUGCAGAGCUUAGCUGAUUGGUGAACAGUGAUUGUUUCCCUCUUUGUUCACAGUGGCUAAGUUCUGCACCUGAAGAGAAGGUGAGAUGAGGACGUUUAAGUGUCAGCCUGCGUGGGGCAGAGAGCACUUGAUGCCUGAGAUACGUUGCUGCUUGGCGGGCAGUUUUAUAAUAAGUGCUUGUGCGCAGAUACAGUACAUAGAGGCUAACGGGCAAAGAGGCUUAGGAAGGACCACAGGCUUUUUUUGUAGUUGAAAAUAAACAUCGCUCCUAAAAUUCUCAGUCUGACUGCAAAAGGAGGGUAUGCCCUACAGUAGCUUGGUUACUGAGCUUUUCUAAAGGUCAUAGGAAAUAAAUGUUUGCGAUGCUAAACUGGAAUUGUCUAUAAAGCUUUGUUUUGUAGGCUCUUCUUUAACGGAUGCUCUCAUGACUUCUCUGCAGUUGUAGCUUAGCAUUGUGUAUCGUUCGCAGGAAAUGAUUGUUUCCGACUGGAGCUGCCACUUACGGCUGCUGCUGUUGUUCCAAGCGUUGAUGGACCCGUCCUCCGGUGCCUACUGAGCUGAUAUCAGUUCUGAUUUUACACACUGGCUCAGUUCAGCAGGAACAGGAGUCGAGCCCUAGAGCAAAAAAUAAAUAAAUAAAAUAAAGUACCUUUCUAGGAGCCUUUGAGAAAUGUUGUUACUGUUUUCUCUCUAAAAUCAAAUUAGUACACAUUACGCUGUCCUGACGUUAAACACCAUUCGCUUAAGGUGGACAAGCUACCUCAGUACUGUUUAGAGAACUGUUGGCUUAAGACGAGAAGGUAUGUGGAUAUGUGUAACAUCACACAGCAUUGCUCCAGUAACUGACCUCCAGCAUUGUUUUCAGAGUAACCUGCUAAUAACCGGGGGAAUUGCUUGUCCUUUGGCUCUUUCAUGUCUUCUCCAAACAUUGUUGUGGUAGCUCUAAGGAGGUCUCCCUUCUGGGUACCCAGACUUCUUAUCUCAGAAAAUAUAAGGGGAAACAGUGUUUUUAAAAAUACAGUUAAAUAAUUUAGCUUUGUAACUACCGUUAUGCUCUACUAGUAAGCUUAAAAAAAUAAAUCAUUUGAAAGACUGGGCCAAUCAAGAAUGCACAGAUAACCCUUUAUUGUGACAGAGUAAUAACUUUUGCUGCUGUUUCCGUUGCAGGAAAGAUCACAGAGAAAUUCUUUUAAUAUAUCUCCUACUAAACCCUGGUGGUACUAGGAUUUCAUUGACCCAAGACAUCAAAGGAAGGAUUAUGUGACUGCUAAAACAAUCAGCUGACAGAAACAUUUACCUUUCAGUAUUUAUGUUUUCCAGAGGCUCAGUGUAACCAAGAACAGGUAAAAAUGCACAUGCACAAGACCAGCUACACACAAGGAUACACACACUCUAGUGUGCCUCUAGGUAGUUUUUUAAUACCACAGUUGGGGUCUUAUCCUUGCUGUUUGGUGGUACAACUGUUGCAGUUUGCAGAGGCCCAAGGACUCUUGACUUGAAUGAUUUUAUGUACUCCAGUAACUUGGCCAAACACAGGAACUGCUGAAAUUUGAUAACACUGUAUUCUGUGCUUAAAAUUUUGUUUGUAACUUCAAUGCCAAAUUAAAAAGUUAACAUAAAAUUAGAUGGAUGGCUGGGAUGGGGAAGUUAACUGGAAGACGGAAUAAUCUGUGGAAGAUGACCAACCAGCGAUCUGGUGAUUGGAUGCACCGAAGCAAAAAUUAAGAUCAGGAUUUUGUCCGUGUCUUGUUUAGGUUGACUUCUACCAGAACUGUACCUUUCAUUUUCCGGAAAUUUCUUCCAUACCUCUGUGCUGCCCCUUUUUUCUUAGUGAUGUAUCAAAUGCAGCUCUUCUUUUCUAGGAAUGUACAGCUCCACUGAUCACAAGACAUCUAAGCUGUUCUUUUCAGAGAGACUUUAAAACAAAAGCAUUUGUGAACAUAUUUACUUUGUAUACUAUUGUUUUACACUGUACACUUGUAAAAAUAAAUAUUUUUUCAAAUA